AAAUCGAGCAGAUUCACUUCCACUUCUACAAAGUACCGUAAAAUUAACCAUCCCACUUAAGAAAUGUCCCGACGCCUUGCCGCCACGCUCUUUCUCUUGCCAGCCCUUUGCCUUGGACGUACUGUCAUGAUUGGAGAUAGCAUGUUCUCCAAUAACGCCGUCAAGAACGCCUUGGAGUACUAUGCCGGCGGAAAUGUAACCAUCGAAAAUAUGGCCCUAGUAGGCGCUAGCCUCCACGAAGGAUGGGUGCCCUCAAUCCCAGCCGAGUACAGCAUCAUGUCCAAGAACCCCCCGCCCAUCACCAUCGUCAUGGAUGGGGGAGGCAACGAUGUGAUCAGCGUGAAAGACGACUGCUUGUCUUUCAACGACCGGUGUCAGCAGCAGAUCAAGGAGGCGACAGACAUCCUCGCCGACCUCUUGGAGAGGAUGCACGAGGAUAAGGUCCAGCAUGUCUUGCUCAUGGGUCCGUACUAUCUAGAGAAUCUGAACAAGGCCGUCGACGAGGGGUUCAAGCUACUCUCCAAUGUGUGCAAGAACGCGACCAUUGAUUGCCACAUAGCCGACACCCGAGAUCUUGAUCCGCCCUUGGGGGACGACGGCAUUCAUCCUAUUCAGGAAGGAUAUGAGCUCCUGGCUACCCGCAUUUGGGAAAUCAAACUCGAUAAUGAUAUUCCUAUUAUCUAGGUUAGAUACGUAGGUAUGGUAUAAUAUCUCCUUAGUCAAAAGGGGCUCCAAGCCAACACAAUUUCUAGCACAUUUUAACACAAGACAUGCCAAAAGCAAAAAAAAUUUAGUAUAAUGUGGAACGAAACAAAGUAGUGGUACUACUUAAGUAUUUGAGAGCAUGAAAUCAACGUGGAGGAGAUAUUAUUCUCACGAGAAUUUCGAAAGUCAUAAGAGGAUGUAUGUCAAAUUUAGUGAUCAGCGCCCCCCAUGUCUUCCUAGUUGGCAUACGAAAAUAGUAACAGUUGAGUCAAAGUAUCCGUCUAUUGUUUGAUAAAUAUGAAAUAUACCACAUUGAAAAA